AUGUCUUAUUCAUUUCCUCCGAACAGAGCCCUGCUUUAUCCUCAGUUCGAAACAUACCGUCUUGACUCUAUCGAUUCUUCCACCGAUACUUCAUCUUUUCCCCUUCCUGGCCCGGCCACUCAAUCCCGCGUAGGAUAUCAUGCCAAUCAUCUGAGCUUUAAAGAAGUACGUUCUCGUAUCUCAUGGGAUCAUCUAUCCAUUGGACCGGAAGGUAGAGGUGUUUAUGUGGAUGCUGAUUGGAAUAUAUGGGGUUUUACACUUGACGAUGAUCUCCGUUCUAUCUUCGAGAAACUAGGAGAACUUCCCACUCCAGUCGGCUCCGAGCUUUUAGAAUUUCAACCUGAAUACCCAUCUGUUCUUCCUCUUGACGACCGUCACUGGGCUAUAGCGACAGGACAGGGAUCUUUAUACCUCCUACAAAGUACCCCGCUUGGAGAGCCAUUUAAGGGACGUUUUAUAGCGCGAUACGAUUUCCCAUCAACCUCCACGGACUCUUUCUCGGUACCGUUCCUUCUUCGCGCCGCACACCUUUACACCACUACCGAAGCUAGACUACUGGUAUCCAGAACGCUACCUCUACCUGGAGAUAUCAAGCCUCGAUCUCAAGCCAAAGUUUUCGAAUUACUGGAAGUGUCAAUAGACCUGACUCGCCAAAAUGAGAUUGACCAAGGGAUGGAGGAGUUGCAAGUUAUGUGGAGAUUACAAGGUGGUGAUGUACCAUAUUGGUGUGGCUGGUACGAGGGAGGAUGGCUCAUUUUCUCUGAAGAGGAAUUUGAACAUGCUGUGGAGGAAGAAGAGGAGACCGAAGAGGAACGAAUAGAAAGAGAAAGAUCAAUAGCAAAGACAAAACUCGGUCUCGGAGCUACAUUUUCUCGCCCCAUAAACGAUAGCGAAGAAAGCACGAAGGUUGACAAGAUGGAUGUGGACAUUCCCGAGGAUAUCUCUCAGCCAUAUUCAUGGACGCAAGACGGAGAAUCAUUAACUGUGACAUUCACAUUCCCACCCGGGACCUCCCGCUCAGAUCUCACCAUAUCAACAUCUUCAACACAUCUCGACCUCGCUUAUACACCUACCGAUCCUCCAGAAUCACCUCUACCACCACCCCUAGCCGAAUUUUUGACUCGCUCCGAACGUCCAUUCUGGACACCCAUCAAAACUUCAUCUUUCACCUACGAUCCUUCUAUCUGUAAACUGGAACUGUUUUUAGAGAAAGAAGAUGUCAACACUCAUUGGCCAUCCAUUUUCGUUCCAGAUGAAGAAGAUGUAUAUUCCGAAGUACCAGAAACUUUCUCCGCAAGUCGAUUAGCAGCUGUGAGAGAAACGUUUUCUCAAAUCAAAACUCGUGAAGGUGAUCCAGAAGGUAGACAUCCUGCAGUACCUGCUUUAUUGAGCGAAGAGAUGGAUUUCGACUUGGAGGAUGGAGAGGAAGAAGGUCCAGAAGGAAUGUUCGGAAAAGGUUCCAUGGGUAAAGUAGGGCGUGAUGUUUUGAUGGGAUAUAUCAAGGACGGGAAAACGAAAUGGUCCAAAGCUCCAAUUUCCAUACUCUCCACACCUUUACCGAGCUCAAAUGAUCAAGAAGGGGGAAAUUUAGGAAUUAUCGUUAAAUCAGCUGUUGACGGUUUACUGUUCUCACCGGUGACGAGUGGGGAAGACCCUAUAGGAUCAAGUUGGAAACAUGAAACUACAGUUCCUGCUUUGGCUUUCGUCUUGUCCAGCAAAACGGAUCUUCGAAUGGUUCGACAUGUUCCUGCUGUACAUCCAACGUCAUCCACUCGAUCACUUCGAAGCGGAGCAAAGGUUUGGGAGAAAGGGACGACGGUGUUGGCGUUUGAUGCUGGGACGUCAGUGGCUGGCAGAGGGAACGUAUACAUGUAUUAUCCACCCUCUUCCAAGACGAUGGCGAGACAGGGUGUGAUGACUGUCAGUGGAGGAGAGAGAGGAGCGUUACUGGGUGUGGGGAUGAUGUUGGUCAAGGGGAAGAGAGUGAUGGUGUGUUUGUGUGAGAGGGAGUUGGUAAUUUUGAAUGGGAUUGUAUGA